CAUGAAGUCAAUAUUCCUCACCCUGGAGAGCAGAAAUCUUCAACUUCACGUUUAGUUUCUCCUUAGGAUGCACAGAGGUUUGGGAUGGACUGAGCUGCUGGCCCAAAGCCACGUUUGGAGAGAUGGUAACGCUCCCGUGCCCAGGAUUUUUUGAAGAAAUCACCAGCAUAAAUGGGUUCCUGCACAGGAAUUGUACACCAGGCAUGUACUGGUCAGAGCCUUUCCCGCCUUAUUCAGUCGCCUGUGGGUUUGAAGAAAGCUUAACAAAGGAGCCGGAAGAUCAGAAAUCAUAUUAUUCAACAUUCUGGCACAUCUACACCGCAGGCUAUGCAACUUCCCUGGCUUCACUCAUUACAGCUAUUUUCAUCUUUACCUUCUUCCGGAAAUUUCACUGCACACGGAAUUACAUCCAUAUGCAUUUGUUUGUCUCGUUUGUCUUGAGAGCGGCUGCCGUUUUCACCAAAGACACCAUUUUGUUCUCUGAUGACAGCAUGGACCACUGUUUCGUGUCAACGGUGGUGUGCAAGGCCGCUGUGGCUUUCUUCCAGUUCAGCAUUUUAGCCAACUUCUUCUGGCUGCUGGUAGAGGGCAUGUAUCUGCAGACGUUGCUGAUGCUGACCUUUGUGUCGGACAAGCAAUAUGCAUGGAGGUUCAUCCUGAUUGGCUGGGGAGCACCUGUGACCAUAACAUCAGCAUGGAUCCUAAGCAGGAUUUACAGACAGAAUACUGGAUGCUGGGAUGAUGAUGAGGAGAGCUCCACGGUGCUGUGGAUCAUCAAGGGACCCAUCCUCUUGACUGUCUUAAUGAACUUUGUGAUCUUUCUAAACGUCAUCCGGAUUCUGGUCCAGAAGUUAAAAUCUUCGGAGACUGGAGGAAGGCAGACCAGGCAUUAUGUGAGGCUGGCCAAGUCAACUUUGCUCCUCAUCCCUCUCUUUGGCGUGCACUACGUGGUCUUUGCCUUCUUCCCAGAGAGCAUUGGGAUGGGCGCCAGACUGUACAUUGAGCUGGGCUUGGGCUCUUUCCAGGGCUUUGUUGUUGCUCUUCUGUACUGUUUCUUAAAUGGCGAGGUCCAGGCCGAGUUCAAGAAACGCCUCCGGAAGUGGCGCUACCAACAUUACCUCAGCUUCACACGGGCGCAUCCGAGCCUCUCCAGGGAUAACAGCCCUAUUAAUUAUGUCACACAAUUAUCCUUGCUGGAAAGAAUCAGCCCCAAAAGAAGCAUCUGUCAGAACGGCCUGUCCUCUGUCUGAAGCUGUAAAUCAGCACCUCGCCUCCAGGGUUCCGGAAAGGGCCCUACUAUUCCAGCAGGGUGGCAAUGAUACCAGAAACCUCCAUCCUAGCACAAGUAUGGGACCCAUAACCCUCCAGACAGAAAGUGCUGAGAUGGGGUCAGGUGACCUAGAGCUG